UUUCUUUGGUGAAUAGUAUCAAAAUAUGGCUACUGCUAAAGAUGAAGUGGCAAGGUUUUGUUCAGAAUGUGUGUGUGUGUGUGAUUGUGAAAAGAUGACAUUCUAUUUGGUUGAUGUCAUAUGAAUAAAUGACAAGCUGAACAUAAUAUCUUUGCAAACAUCAGUCAAAACUUGAAUUCCACAACAACAUGGAGCCAAAAAAGUGACCCCAUUGUAUUAUGAGGAGUUAAUUGUGGGUAAUUUUUUGAUUGCUGGUAAUUGCUCCUUGGCAUUAGGAACAAACUCUUAACAAAAUAUCAAUAACACACCCAUUUUCUUAAUUUCUUAAAAUCUUUGGAAUUUUUGUAAUUUCAAAAGUGAAAGUCAGUGAUAAUUCAAAUACAAACGCUAUGAAGGCAUUGAAAGUUUCCGAAGACACAAUGCCAAUGCUUCGAAGACAAAUUUCCAAUCGUUUGCUCGUAGUGGAGGGGGAGGGGGCAGAAUUUAGGAUGGCAUGUUAAUCAUGCUGCGUUUACUUUUAUACUUAUAAUACUUAUAAAAAUGUUUCUUUCAGCAUUCAGAAAAUUCACUAGACAGGAGAUAUCAAAAAUACCUUGGUUUCUGUCACACAAAUAUCUAGAAAAUAUGAGUACCACGAAACUUAAGGGUUUUUACAAUAAGGCACUUUUUGCUAUAAGAAAAAGACACCAAUUAGUUCAUGAAUCUUUAUAAGAAAACGUAAAAACCCAUGCUUUCAAAACGAGGAAAAUACUGUAUUGAUAAAUUAGAUGACGUCAUAAUCAGGUGGUCUUUAACUUAUAAAAGCAGAAAGGAACAGUGUGAUAGGAGGAAUGUUAACAUGGCUACAAACGUGAACAUCCCAAAGAUACAUGAAAUAUUCUCAUAUAACAUUGUACCUAGAGGGAGACUCUAUGGAUCAGCAAAGAACUUCAAACUACGAGUUCAUGUGAAGAACUUACAUGAGUACUACACCGUUAGCGACUUAACAUCAUCAACAACAGUUACCAAGUUGAAGGAAAAAUUGGAAGCAAUUACAGGCAUACCUACGCCGUUGCAGCGACUGUACUUUUUGGACCAGUGUGAUAUGGUAGACGGCCAAACUUUGGAAUGUUUCCACAUACUACCAAAUUCAAAGUUGUCCCUGCGAUUAUUCAAGCCAUGGCAGGAAAUCAUAGAAGCUUGUUGCAAAGGAAACGUGGAAAGGCUUGAGAAACUGCUGCCGCUUAAUCGCGGGAAACUAUCGGAGUGGGACAAGUUCUACAUCUACGUGGCCAUAUUUGUUGCAACGCAUCGUGGGCAUAUGAAUAUCUUGGAAAGACUGCUGCAAACAAAUGUAGAUGUGAAAAAUUGUCUGCCAUCGGGAAGACAUCCACUGUUAAUUGCUGUACAACGGAAGCAGUUGAAAUGCACAGAGGUCUUAUUGGGCAGACGAGUCAGAGCACACGAAUGGAGUAACAACAGGGAAGCUUUGCAUAACUGGAAAGUCCAAGCACGGGUGAAGGCCAACUACGAAAAGGUGAAGGAAAAAAUGCAGCAAUGGGAACAUGCAAGAAGCUAUAGAAUGACAAAGGCACAAAUGUUUGACUCGACAAUACCUACAUGGAUACAGGGUCCUCUGGCAAAGAAAUAUCUCUGCAUUAUCCUAGAUGGGACAGUCACUGCGAAGGAACUUUCCCGUGGUGAGCGUAAAGUCUUUCGACCCUAGAAACUGCUGACUUCAAAGUCAGCAUGUCUCCAAAUAUGGUGGAUUAUCGAGCAAAAUUAUUUUCUCAAAAGAAACAUUUUUAAGGACACAGGCUUUGAUAUUAAAAUGGACACAAGUAUAUUCCAUGCUUAAUAUGCAAAAUUACACAAAUUGGACAUCAACCGUAUUGUUUCUUUAAGGUUAUCCGAUUUGGUAGUAUAAGCAAUGGCAUCUUCCUUACUAAGACAUUUCUAAGAAUUCAAUCUUUUAUUGCGUAGAAGAGCAGGAAGUAAAGUGGCAUGUCCGUUCGUCCGUCAACAAAGAGCUCUAGGCAUUGUAAAUGGCAACAAUGUUAUGGUAAAUACUAUUUGAACCUCACGGUUUCAUAAUAAAACCAAUCGAGCUUUCGACCUAAUGGUAAAACGUCACUUGGUGUUUUUAACUAGAAAGAUUUCAAGGAGUUAAUAAAAGUAGCAAUAAGACUAUAACAAACAAUGAGAAGGCAUAAAAA